UUCCUAGGAAAAAGAAAAAGAAUAAAGCUUGAGCCUGGAACUUUAUUCUCUGUCUCUGCAAUCUCCACUCUCACUUCCAUUCCAUGUAAAUUAUUCAGAAAUGGCGAUCAUUACAGAAGAGGAGCAAUACCCACAACCGAAGAACCCACCACACCAACCCCCUCCACCUCCAAAACCGAAAUCUGACGAGAGACCGAACGUAUUCGCCUUCUGGUUCUACUUUACAGUCAUAGUAUCUGUCAUCACCUUCUCUACCGUCUUCUUUGCGUCUCUCUCCUCUUCAGACCCCAGAUCGUGGUUUCUCUCUCUCCCGGCUUCCCUUCGCCAGCACUACUCGAGAGGACGCACUAUCAAGGUGCAGACUGCACCAGGGAGAUCACCCAUCGAGGUAUUCGCAUUUGAAAGUGGUAAGCUUAGAUCUGAUGCUGAGAAUGUACUAAUUAUUCAUGGAUUCGGUAUUAGUUCCUACAGUUUUGGUGGGGUUGUUCAGAGUUUGGGGUCCAAAGGGGUUCGUGGGAUUGCUAUGGAUCUGCCUGGAAAUGGGUUUUCCGAUAAAUCAACUGUUGAGAUUGAAGAGGGUGCUGCAAGUGGGGUUUUAGGGAGGUUUAGGGACGUAUUUCGGAUUAUUAAAGAGAAGGGCUUUUUCUGGGCUUUUGAUCAGAUGAUAGAAACUGGGCAGAUUCCUUAUGAAGAGAUAGUGACUAGGUUAUCGAAAAGGGAGGUUGUGAGGCCUAUUGAAUUGGGUUCUGAAGAGGUAGGAAGAGUGUUGGGACAGGUGAUUGAGACAAUGGGGUUGUCUCCUUUCCACCUGGUUUUACAUGAUUCCAGUCUGGCAAUGGUGGCAGAUUGGGUUAGGGAGAAUUCUGGAUUGGUCAGAAGUGUGACACUAAUUGAUACUGGACGAGAGCCAGCUAUGCCUUUAUGGGUUUUAGAAAUGCCAUUGAUUAGGAACUUUGUAUUUGGAUAUAAAUUUGUGUAUGACAGAUUGAUCAAGGUGUGUUGUGCAAAGGGCAUUGGUGGUUUGGAGGCAGAGGCACAUAGGAUUCUCUUGAAUGGAAGGGAUGGGUGGAGAUCGGUUGUGGGUAUGGGAAGGAAAAUGAACUUUAGUUUUGAUGUUGCAGAAUGGGGUGGUUCUGAUGGUAUGAAAGGGAUGCCUAUACAAGUGCUCUGGUCUGAUAGUUGGUCGAAUGAAUGGAUUGCAGCAGGACACCAGGUUGCUGAGGCGCUACCUCAGGCAAACUUUGUCUCACACUCUGGAGGACGGUGGCCUCAGGAAGAUACUGCCGAUGAGAUAGCUGAGGAUAUUUUCAAGUUUGUCUCUUCAUUACCAAAAUCAGUUAGACAAACUGAAGAAGAACCUAUACCAGAGCACAUCCAGAAAAUGCUCGAUGAAGCAAAAGGCGAUCAUGAUGAUCAUCACCACCACCAUCAUCAUGGUCACGGUGGCCAUGACCACCAAGAUGGACAUGUUUAUGAUCAUGGAGCUGGAUACAUGGAUGCUUAUGGACUUGGUCAUGGAUGGGGCAGUUGAUAUGCUUGAUGCUUUAGUUGACUCAAUGAACGGCUAUUGACACAGCUGGUGAUUAGAUUCAUGCCAUACCUUACUCGAGUCAUUCUGCUUUGUGAUAUUUUCUGAUACUUGAUGUUGUUAAGAUCAUGUCAUAUUAGAUUUUUGUAAUCCUAUAGCUUGUACGGACCUAUGAUUACACUAUUUAGAUGCAAUUGGCCACAAUUGUUUUUCAUUGAUGGCUAUUUUUGGUAGUUGUGUGAAGGUUAUAUUGCAAAAUACUGGUCGGUUAUGGAUCAGUUGACCAGUAGUUCUGUUUC